AUGGUAAAUGUAGCUUCACUGCCUUCAAUGGAACUGCCCCCCUUUGCCCAAGAUGGACAAAAGAGGAAGAAAUCAUUAAGAAAGAAACUGGACUCAUUAGGAAAGGAGAAGAACAGAGACAAAGAAUUUAUUCCCCAGGCUUUUGGAAUGCCCUUGUCCCAAGUGAUUGCUAAUGACCGGGCCUACAAACUCAAGCAAGACUCUCAGAGAGAAGAACAAAAAGAUGUUUCAGAUUUUGUGGCCUUUCUCUUGCCAUUUGGAACUAAAAGACAGAACAAAGAACUUUCAAGCAGUAACUCAUCUCUUAGCUCAACCUCAGAAACACCGAAUGAAUCCACUUCUCCUAACACACCCGAGCCAGCACCACGAGCAAGGAGACGUGGUGCGAUGUCUGUGGACUCUAUUACAGAUCUCGAUGACAAUCAGUCACGAUUGUUAGAGGCUCUCCAGCUCUCUUUGCCAGCAGAAGCCCAGAGCAAGAAAGAAAAGGCAAGAGAUAAGAAACUAAGCCUGAACCCUAUUUAUAGGCAGGUUCCGCGGCUUGUAGAUAGUUGCUGCCAGCACUUGGAAAAGCAUGGUCUUCAGACAGUAGGAAUAUUCAGAGUUGGAAGCUCAAAAAAGAGAGUAAGACAGUUACGUGAAGAGUUUGACCGAGGCAUAGAUGUUGUAUUAGACGAAGAGCACAGCAUUCAUGAUGUUGCUGCUUUAUUAAAAGAAUUUCUGCGUGACAUGCCGGACCCGCUUCUCACCAGAGAACUUUAUACACCUUUCAUCAACACUCUCUUACUAGAGCCAGAUGAACAGCUAAGCACCUUACAGCUUCUCAUUUAUCUUCUACCUCCCUGUAACUGCGAUACCCUCCACCGGCUGCUGCAGUUCCUCUCCACAGUGGCUGGCCAUGCAGAAGACACCACAGACAAAGAUGGCCAAGAGAUUACUGGGAACAAAAUGACAUCACUUAACUUGGCUACCAUCUUUGGCCCUAACUUGUUGCACAAGCAGAAAUCUACAGACAAAGAAUUCUCAGUUCAGAGCUCAGCUCGAGCUGAAGAGAGUACUGCUAUCAUUGCUGUUGUACAAAAGAUGAUUGAAAACUAUGAAGCCCUUUUCAUGGUUUCCCCUGACCUACAGAAUGAAGUGCUUAUCAGCCUAUUAGAGACUGACCCAGAUGUUGUGGACUAUUUGUUGAGGAGGAAGGCUUCCCAGUCAUCGAGCCCCGAGAUGCUGCGGUCAGAAGGUUCCUACUCCACAGGAGGAAGACAUUCUUCCACAGACUCCAACAAAGCUUCGAGUGGAGAUGUCUCCCCUUAUGACAACAACUCCCCGGUACUGUCUGAGCGCUCGCUGAUGGCAAUGCAAGAAGAAGUUGCCCGCAGCCCAGAUAAGCUGUACAAGGUACCUGAACAGUACACACUGGUUGGACAUUUGCAGCCUAAGACAAAGGAGAAUUCUUCUGCAUCACAGGCUGGAAAAGAUGUUUCCGAAGAUCAUUUUGAUAUCUGGGGCACCUGGCAUUCAACACUGAAAAGUGGCUGCAAAGAUCCAGCAAUGACAGGUUCUUACAGGAACAUUUACGAAAGCAGCUUGCCAAGACCCGGACAGUACUCUCUUUCCCAGGGGAACCUGGCCAUGUAUUCUCCUCAGUGGCAGGGCAGCUCCUCCGAAUUGGACACCAGCAGACAGGUCAUGCGGCGGAGCCAGACGACCGCUGCCAUUCCUGAGCGUCAGCUCCAUCCCACAGUGUCUCGGGUGUGCAGUAACCCACAAAUUGAAGUCGGCGGUAGGAGUUCAGACCUGUCACACUCAAAGUCAGAGCGGCACUUGACUUUAAGCGGUGUGAAGGACCUCAGGGAGCAUGACUCGAACGUAGGUUGUUCACAAAGCACAGCCAAGCCCUCCUACAGAAAAGAGAGGCCACCACCCCCUUACCCAGGCCCAGCAAAAACAAGCUCUGCGUUGUCACAGCAAUCGAGUGUUUCUUCAACGUUGCACUCUUUGUGGAGACUUCAAGGCCAAGAAAAAAAUUCAGGGACCACAGCAGCUGGAGGACCACCAGCAAAAGCCCCUGACCAGGCCACCUCCAGGCAGGAGCGGCCGGCCCCACACACCCAAACAGGUCACACCUGUUCCACAGCUCCUCAUGGUCAGAACAGUAAAAAUGCUUCAGAGGCGGACUGGCAUGAUUGGCAAAGGGAGAGGUGGCAAAUUUGGGAGCUACUAUCAGCUGAUAACCCCGAUGCUCUCCCGGAAACCCUUGUAUGAUCAGACUCUACAGAACUGCCACUCAUACCUACACCUGCCUCUCAUAGGAAAGCAAUGGUGACAUUGGAAAAUGGGGAGGGCUUGUUUGUUUUAUACCAACUGAAUUGCAUAUACUUUUUUAAAACUUUGUUCACUUUAAUUUCUUAACAGCACUGUCAAGCAGUCCAUUUACAAAUACAGUAUGUUCCUGGUUUUCAGCAAGCUUUGGAGAAAAAACAAGAUGAAAAUUUAGUUUAAUAACUGUAUAUGCAUACCCUGUGUAUAAGAUAAAACUGUUGCUUUGAUGUUGCUAAAAAUGUAUUUAUAUAUCUGCAGUUUUGAUGAUUGUAUAUUCUGUAAUGGGUAUUGUAUGAUAAUCAUAUAUUAUGUUUUCAUAUACAGAUGUCAGUUGUUCAUGACUGCUUUUUUAAAAAAAUCACUGCACUUACAUUACCGUGAUAUGCAUUGGAAUUCUAUAGAAAGUGCACAAGCUGGUUUCUGUGCUUAUAUAUAUAAAAAAAAACCACAAACCCAACCUGUUAAAGGGGGAAGUUGUCCUUCUUUUCACUGCCUAUUGAAAAACACUAAAAUAGAGUGGAACAUGAAAAGCCAUAUGUUUUAUAAGGGUAAUAGCGAGCUUAGAGGGGAAAAUACCAAAUAUGUUUUUCUUAUAAAUAUAUUUGCAAAUGAAAUUAAAAUUUGAUAAAAGAUUGUAAAAAAUAUUUUUUUAGAUUCUAGUAGGAAGCAGCUCAGAGAAUCAACUAAGAGCAAGGCCGUGCCUAAACCAACUAAGGAUGUAGUGCAAAGGUCUACCCUCCAAUUCUAGAGGAAAACCAAUGUUAUAUAUACAGGAUAUAAUAUAUAUAUUUAUAAAUGUAUGAUUUUA